AUCUCACUUCUUUUAUGCUCAACUGUCUUUUGAACUUAUCUGCACCGUCUCAAUCAACUGGGCUUUCUUUCAAGCUUCAAGUAUUAUAAGCUCUUGAUCAAAAAAGAAGCAAGUCAUGGUAUUUGAUGGGCAAAGAAUGAUGAAGCAGAAGAAGAACAACUAUGGGGAUAUUAUCAAUAAUGUGGAUGCAAUGCAAGAGAUUUUAAGUCAUUUGGAUGCAGAUGCCUUGGCAAUGGCCUCGUGUGUGUGUAGAAGGUGGCACCAGGCAGCCAUUGAUGAUAGCUUGUGGGAAGUCAUUUGUACUAAACAUUGGCCUGCAACUGCCAUUCCUUUUGGACGGAUAAGAUGUGUGGUGAAUGUUAUGGGUGGGUUCAGGCGCUUGUAUGUGAACUGGUUGCAUCCUCUCCGUAGAAGUGCUUAUUAUCAUAAUGAUAGUGCUUUUAAGGAGAAUAAUCUACUGUGGAGUGAGGACCAAGUUCAGCUCUCUCUUUCUCUCUUCUCUGUGGAGUACUACAAGAAACUUGGGUCUUUCACAACUGGAUCCUGCCACAAAUUAUCUGCUAUUCCAAGUGUUCCUUCUAUUCUAUAGCCUAUUUUGCUAACUGAUAUGACAACACCAGGUUGGAUGGAUGGUGUAAUGUAAAGUAGGCAUUUUUUUUUUUGGCUUGUUGAUAGGUCAGGGGUAUUUAGUAGUAGUUAUAGUUAAUUUCGUGUAUCUUAAGUUUUCUAAACGGUACAUCAGAUCUCUACAUAUGGACUAAACUGCUUAUAGCUAUUGUUGUGAUUUCUACCAUGUUAUGAUAAUAUCUGAUUAGAACUCAGUAUGAUUGUUCAAGAAAUGACACUUGUAGUUGGUAUAAAGUGAAGGGAGUGUUGAUGGGCUUGGAGUAUGGCAUUGUUUAAGAGUUUACAGCUGUGGAUAGAAAACUAAAAAUCUAUCCAAACUCAAUGCCCAAACCAAAGCAGUGGUGGAGUGAUGUGUUAUAAUAUAUAUAGAAGUUUCUACUUUAUUUCCAA